CCACCGAAAUAUUUCCUUAAAAUUUAUAAUUUUUCAGAAUGCUAAAAUAGUAGGAGGUAGUGGUGGAAAGUGAGAGAGCGAGAGAGAGAGAGAGAGAGAGCGAGCGGCCAUGGAAACUGCGAUAUGCGGUCGAGUUCCUCUUUCACCUAGCCAUGUCUUUAACCCUACCAAACUCGGGGACAAGUAUUCCAGUUAUAAGCAAUGCCCGAACCGGACCAUUUUGAUGACAGUAUCGGCCGCUGGGCCUGGGAAAGGUGGCGGGUUAUUGGAGAAGCCUACCAUUGAGAAGACGACGCCUGGCCGUGAAUCCGAGUUCGACUUGAGAAAAUCGAGGAAAAUGGCGCCACCUUACCGCGUUUUGCUGCACAAUGACAACUACAACAAGCGGGAGUAUGUUGUCCAAGUUCUAAUGAAGGUCAUCCCGGGAAUGACCCUUGACAAUGCAGUUAACAUCAUGCAAGAGGCACAUCAUAAUGGCCUGGCGGUGGUAAUCAUAUGCGCACAGGCUGAUGCUGAAGAACAUUGCAUGCAACUGAGAGGUAAUGGCCUUUUGAGUUCAAUUGAGCCUGCCAGUGGUGGGUGUGAAUAGCGGCAUAUCAUCACAAAAAUGCAUGCCUGAGGCAACGCCUAUAAUUUGUUUCUAGUGUUAGAAUUCUGUUCAUAUGUACAUAAACCCCAAAAGUCCAUAUUAAGAUGAACCUUUAUUAUCAUGUUUGCCGAGUUAUAAGACGUAUCUACUGCUAUACAUCAGUGCUGGUUCAAAUGGA